AUGUCUAAUCGUGUAGCGUCCCCAACUAAUCCGGCCGCAUUAGCAGCUGCACAAGCAUCACAUAGUCCAGUUUUAAAUUCCAAAAGCGCAGUACCAAUGAGCCAGCAUCAUCAUCACGCGCAAGCUAAUGGCGCAGCAGGCAAUUCAGUAGCUGCUGCUGCUGCAUCUUCGUCAAGCAACUCCAACUCAUCGGUUGUUGGGUUGCAUUACAAGAUUGGUAAGAAAAUCGGUGAAGGUUCAUUUGGAGUUAUAUUUGAAGGUACAAACAUCAUCAAUGGAGGACCAGUUGCUAUCAAGUUUGAGCCAAGAAAGACUGAAGCUCCGCAAUUGAGAGAUGAAUAUAGAACUUAUAAACAUUUACAAGGAUGUGCUGGCAUUCCUAAUGCAUAUUAUUUUGGUCAAGAAGGGUUGCAUAACAUUUUAGUUAUUGAUUUAUUGGGUCCAUCGUUGGAAGAUUUAUUUGAUUGGUGUGGCAGAAGGUUUUCCGUCAAGACAGUGGUGCAAAUUGCAGUGCAAAUGUUGACCUUGGUUGAAGAAGUACAUCGUCACGAUUUGAUUUAUAGAGAUAUCAAACCAGAUAAUUUCCUUAUCGGACGUCAAGGAAUGCCUGAUGAAAACAAUGUUCAUUUAAUUGAUUUUGGUAUGGCAAAGCAAUAUCGUGACCCAAGAACAAAACAACAUAUACCAUAUAGAGAAAAGAAGUCAUUGAGUGGAACAGCAAGAUACAUGUCAAUCAACACCCAUUUAGGAAGAGAACAAUCAAGGCGUGAUGAUUUGGAAGCAUUGGGACAUGUGUUUUUCUACUUCUUGAGAGGUCAAUUACCAUGGCAAGGGUUGAAAGCACCAACAAAUAAACAAAAGUACGAAAAGAUUGGUGAUAAAAAGAGAACAACCCCAGCAGUCACUCUUUGUGAUGGCUUGCCAACACAAUUUGCAGAGUAUUUGGAUUCAGUGAGAUCAUUACCUUUUGAUGCCGAGCCUCCAUAUGAAGAAUACAGAAUGAUGUUGGUUUCAGCAUUGGAUGACUUGGGACAAUCCUGUGAUGGAGAUUACGAUUGGAUGCAUUUGAAUGGAGGUAAAGGAUGGGAUGCCACAAUUAACAAAAAGCCUAAUUUGCAUGGAUAUGGCCACCCAAACCCACCAAAUGAAAGAGAAAGAAGACAUCGUGACCAAAGAAGGAGCAGGCAACAACAACAACAACAACAACAAGCACAACAACUGCAACAACAACAACUGCAACAGCUCCAACUGCAACAACAAUAUCAACAGCAACAAUUGAAUCAACAACAACUGCAACUGCAAUUAUCAGCAGCUCAAUUACACCAACAGAAGUUGCAACAUUUGGUGAAUAGACCAUUACCACCAAUCAAACAAGAGUCAACUUCAGCAUUGCCUACAAAUAGCCGGAAUGAGAUGUUGGCUAAUGGCGGUGGUGCCGGGGGAAAUAAUGUUGGCGGUGCCGGGGCUGGUGGCAAGUAUGAAGGAUAUGGUCAAUACCAGCAGCAACCACAUCAACAACAGCAUCUUGAUGAUGAUGGCGAUGAAAAUAAGGGAUUUUUUUCUAAAUUGUGUUGUCAUUAG